AAAAUAAAAAUAUCAAACUCAUCAUUUUGUGUGGCUGAUUCAGGUAAAAUUGUAUGCCGGUGUAGAAAGCUGAGUUUUUUGGUUUAGGUUUCGGUUUCUGUUCGCUACAAAUUAGUGCACCUGUCGAAGCUAAACAGUGAACGUGAAUUAGUCCAGUUUGAGAAAGUAAAAACGCUUAGUCGCAUAGAAAAAAUGUCCGAUAAAGCGCAGUUCGUUCUGCCUAACACGCAACCGAUCGUAGAUCUGGAAUGUGCCACGGCAUUUAACAAUUUGACCGAGAAGGAAAAGCAGUAUGCGCAUUUCUUUAGUAAGGCAUCUUGGACUGGCGGAUUGGUAGCACUGGUGCAGUCUAGCCCGGAAUCGCCGCUAAUUUUCUCCCUACUUCAUCGAAUCUUUCUGGCUGAGCCUGUGGAGGAGUUGAAGAAAUCUGCACUCGCUGCUGGUGUGUCGGAAGAUGAGUUUACGGCAUUUCUCGUGUACACUUGUGGAUUUCUGGCGAAUGCUGGCAAUUACAAGGGUAUGGGCGACAGCAAGAUUGUCCCAAACCUGGACGAGGAUAAAUUCGAGGCGAUCGUGAAAUGCUCUGCCGCUUACAAAGCGCAUGCCAGCGUAAUUGAUUCGCUAUGGGAGUCCACGAAGGUGCCAAUUUUUCUACUCACGGAUCGCAUGAAGACGCUAGGUCUUUGCGAUACCGGUGUAACGACGUACUUCUCGAGCAACGUUACGCACGACGAUACGGAGCUGAUAAGCGAAUGGAUGAAGGAGCACAAGUUUGAGGCGUACAUUUGCCGUACGUUCAAAACCACCGAGAAUGGGAAAACGGUAUACGACAUCAAGCUUGCGUCCAGCGAGGAAGGUGACAAGAAGGGGCUGACGCGCGAACCGGAAGAGUAUAAGGGAUGCAUUUUCAAGAUAACGCGGGGCGAUUACAAGGAGCUAAUGCAAAUGGUGGCCGACUCGCUGGAGGAAGCGAAAAAACACAGUGCCAAUGAAAAUCAGCUGCAAAUGAUUGAGGCAUACGUAGAAAGCUUCCGCGAAGGUAGCUUGGAUGCGCACAAGACUGGCUCGCGAUAUUGGAUCAAGGACAAAGGGCCGGUAAUCGAGACGUACAUUGGAUUCAUUGAAACGUACCGCGAUCCGGUUGGACAGCGGGGAGAGUUUGAGGGAUUCGUUGCCAUGGUGAACAAGGAGAUGUCGGCAAAAUUCGGCACGUUGGUUUCAAAUGCUGAAAACUUCAUCAAGCUGUUACCGUGGGGAGAAGAGUAUGAGAAAGAUUCCUACCUGAAACCUGAUUUUACGUCCCUGGACAUUUUAACGUUCGCGGGAUCAGGUGUGCCUUGCGGUAUUAACAUUCCCAACUAUGAUGAAAUUCGCCAGGACGAAGGAUUUAAGAACGUGUCGCUUGGAAAUGUGCUUGCCAACACAAACAAGACCGACUCGAUUCCGUUCCUUUCGGAGGAGGACCAGGCGUUGAUGAAGAAUUAUAAGGCGGCCGCUUUCGAGGUGCAAGUGGGUUUGCACGAAUUGCUUGGCCAUGGCAGCGGAAAGCUGCUGCGCAUUGAUGAGGCGGGCGAGUACAACUUUGACACGGCCAAGCUGAAGAAUCCGCUCACCGGAGAACCGGUCAGCUGUUGGUACGAACCGGGUGAAACGUACGACUCCAAGUUCAAAUCGCUCGGCUCUUCGUACGAGGAGUGUCGGGCCGAAGCGGUUGGGCUAUAUCUGAGUCUGAAUCGUGACGUACUGAAGAUAUUCGGGCACACGGACGAAGAGGAAGUGGCAAACAUCAUCUACGUGAACUGGCUGUUGCUUGUCUGGGGUGGCGUAGGCGUAGCGAUGGAGCUGUACAAUCCGGCCCAGAAAGCGUGGCUGCAGGCCCACUAUCAGGCGCGGUUUGUAAUUAUGAAGGUGCUGCUGGAGGCGGGAGAGGGGCUGGUUAAUGUUCAAGAGACUGAGGAGGGAAAGAAUCUGCUGCUCAAGUUCGAUCGCAGCAAGAUUGAAACGGUUGGAAAGGAAGCGAUCAGGAAGUUCUUGCUGAAGCUGCAGUUUUACAAAUCGACAGGCAACGUCACGGCGGCAACCGAGAUGUACAAUCACUACUCGGAGGUAUCGGAAGGCGGAGCGUACCCGUGGGCUAAGUGGCGCGAUAUUGUGUUGCUGCACAAAAAGCCGAGAAUGAUCUUUCUACAGUCGAACACGGCAAUUGAUGCUGACACCGGCAAGGUGGUGCUGAAGUCGUACGAUGCCAACUUUGCUGGCUAUAUUCAGUCUUGGGUUGAGCGCUUCCCCGAUACGAAAAUCGACGACAUUCUGGAACGCAUCCAUGCGACGGAUAAGCAAUAUUUUGAAGGAUUGUAUUAAACGUUUGCGUCCAAAUGCGAUAUGCAAAUAAGAUUCAAGCUGAAUAAAGAAGGUUUUUGAACAAGUA